GUCGACAUUUAGCAUGUUUGAAGUAAAACGCAAACAAGUUAUUUCAUUAACUUUAUCACAAUUACAUCAAAUAUAUAUCUGGAGUAAUAAUAUCUUUAGAAGUUACUUAUAUUACUCCACGAACGAAAAUAGAAUUUGGAAAUCCGCACGCGAUUUGACUUCCAGAUCGUCUGAACAGACUGCUGAACAGCUGAAGGAAUAUGGCAGAUUCUGAUGAUUAUUUCAAUUCGUUAGAAGAUGUAAUAGAUUCAGAUUAUGUAAAUUUCACAGAUACAUGGAUGAUGGAAAUGAAUAGGCCUGAUGAAAGUGAUAAUGGUGAAGACAGCUAUCAAGAUACAGAUGAUUCUGAGCUAGAAUGCGAGUCAGGAGAUGAAGUUGCGGAAAAUAUUGAAGCUGCAGCACAUAGAAAAAGAGGAAGACCAUUUGGGUCUUCUGUUGACUGUCAUCUGAAUUAUCCUGGAGAUGAAACAAUGGAAACUCCUGUGAGAAAAAAAAGAAGAAGCCUGAAAGCACUGACAUCGUUCGCAUACAUGGUUUGCUGUUCAAUGCUUUGCAUAUCAGGAUUGGACAUUAUGACCGCAGAGACAGUUCGAAAUAAUUUUCAAUCCCUGUCUACAAAUGAAAGAAGUCAGUUUAUUCUGAAUUGGCUACAAAGCCAUUCUAGGAUCAAUGAGCUUACUUGCAAGUAUGAGUUCAAGUACCUGAUAGGUACAUCUUCAGUGUGUCUAUCAGCCUUUCUACUGGUUCUUGGAAUCCCCAAAUCAACGUACUAUAGUAUUCAGAAAAAGUUUUAUGAUGGAUCAGUUGUCAUCAAUAAAAUUGGUAAUCGUCUUGGUAGAAUGAAAGCUUCUAGCCAAAGUGCAAUGACAUGGUUGCAUAUGUAUGCAAUCCAGUUUGGUGAGAAAUUACCCAAUCAGGAGAAAAUACACCUACCACCAUGUGUGACCAAAAAGUCUAUUUACAGUGAGAUGGUUGAAUACCAACAUGACAAAGGGGAACCAGAAGUUAUUUCCAUGUCACAUUUUAUGUUACUCUGGAGAACAUGUUUGUGUCAUAUUGCCAUCCCUAAGGUAUCAAGAUUUUCCAAAUGCAAUAAAUGCAUCAAAAUAAAGACAAAACUUUCUUCAACAAGAAGCAAGACAAAAAAGCAAGAACUACAAAGAAGGAGAGAAAAACACUUAAAACAACAAAACAUGGAAAGAAGGAAAUAUUACAAGCAUAUUCAGAAAGCUAAAGAACAACCGGAAAAAUAUUUAUCUGUCAUAAUUGACUCAAUGGACCAAAGCAAAACUCAGCUUCCACACUUCCUGUAUAAAUCAAAGUUUACAGGUAAUAUGUGGAAGCUGAGGGUCCACUUAAUUGGGGUUUUGCUUCAUGGAAUAAGCACAUAUGGAUUUUUUGACUUAUUUGAAUAUCCUCACUCAGCAAAUCUCACAAUCUCAACAUUGAUAAACAUAUUGGCAGGUUUGGAAGACAUCCCACCUGUCCUUUACCUGCAAAUGGACAAUUGUUACAGGGAAAAUAAGAACAGAUUUGUCUUUGGAUUCCUUUCAUUGUUAGUGGAGCUGGGUGUAUUUAAAAAAGUUAAAGUGUCAUUCCUUAUGGUAGGACAUACACAUGAAGACGUUGACCAGGUUUUUUCAAGAUUUUCUUCCUGGUUGGCAAGACAGGCAGUUCUUACAUUGCCCAAACUUAUGAGAGCUUUUGAGUCAUGCACUACUCCAAAUCCAGUGUCAGUUCAAACAUCAAAAGUGUGGGAUAUAGCUGGCUGGAUAACUCAGUAUCUGAACAAAAUGUGUAACCAUUCAUACCCCCACAUAUUUAAGAUAAUCAAGAAAGAUGAGAAAACAAGACUGUUUUACAAAAAAUGGUCAACUGACAAGGUAUAAUUAAAUACUUUCAAA